UGCCUGGCGGUACUUAGCUUCACGCAGCCGCCCUGCAAGAGCCGCGCUGCUGCGUUGGGAAAGGAUCAGACCCCAGCACCGAAUGCAGAGCUGUCAACUGCUGGAGCUGCAGGAGCCUUCCGAGCGCCGCAAGACGCGAUCAGUGGAGAAAUCCGGAUUCACGAAAGGGCCACAGCUCCUCGGGUUGUGGGAAGCUGCGGGGAGAGAGGGGUCAGGUCGUUACUAAGGCCACGGCCGCUCUGAACCCACGAACCCCGUGCCUCCCCACGCAGGGAGCUCCGCCCGCGCCUUGACCCCGCAGGCCGGAAGUCACCCGGACAUGUAUCCACACGGGACCGGAAGUCCCGCCCCUCCCGGAAGAGUGAACGGAAGCCCAUAGGGGUCAUAGAGGCCCGGCGAUUUCGUCGCGUUGGUUGCUGGUGUCAGACGCCAUCUGGCCAGCAGCUUGGUCCCCGGAAUGGCAGCCCCGUCUAUGAGGGAGCGGCAGGCCUGCUGGGGAGCCCGGGACGAGUACUGGAAGUGCCUCGACGAGAACACGGAGGAUGCGGCUCGGUGCAAGAAGCUGAGAAGCUCGUUUGAGUCCAGUUGUCCCCAGCAGUGGGUAAGUCGCGCUCUGAGGGGCUUCUGUUCUCUGUCUGGGGCUCGGGGUGUGAGUGGCAGGCUAGGAAGCCAGCGCCGUCCGAGGCAUGUCCAUCCACGGUUUCUUUAA